GAAGAACAAUUAUUGUAGUGAAAAACAUAAUUUUUGUUCAUAUCAAACAAAAAAAAAAACUCAAAAGAAAAAAAAAGACACCGAGAAACAGAGAUGUUUAAUGUUCAAUUGAGCUUUACAAACGCUUCAAUUUUCCAAUUCUCUUCUUCUUUCAUGGUUCAACAUCAUCUUCAAUUGGCUGCUGCAUCUUCAUAUGGUUGGCUUCGAGCCACUCCAUCAGAUGGUCAUAGUGAAACAUCAGUGGAUAAAAGAUGGGAUAGCCUUGCAUUCAAUCCUGUGAAAACAGACUAUAUUUAUGUAAUGAAAAGUUGUAAAGAUGGAAGCUUUUCAAAUGGUGGUUUAAGACAUUAUGGGAACAUUGAGAUUAGUCCAUCAGCUGCUGUCUUGAAUUAUGGACAGGGGAUUAUUGAGAAUUUGAAAGCAUACAAGAACAAAAAUGGUUCGAUUAUACUUUUUCGUGUUGAGGAAAAUGGAUUGCGAAUGAGGGUUGGUGCAGAUCGAAUGUGUAUGCCUGCACCGACUAUCGAACAGUUUGUGGAAGCUGUAACGAGUACCGUAUCGGCGAAUGAACGAUGGAUUCCUCCUUCCAAUAAAGGCUUUUUACACGUUCGACCGCUACUUAUGGGGAAUGGACCUGUUCUUAGUCUUACACCGGCACCCGAAUUCAUCUUUUUGAUCUAUGUUACACCAGUUAGGAACUAUUUUGAGGGUGGUUUGAAGCCGAUUAAUGUGGUGGUCGAAAACGAUAUACAUCGUGCAACCCUUGGAGGAGUUGGAAACAUAAAAGCUAUAGGGAAUUACGCCGGGAUUAUGAAGGCACAGGCUAAAGCUAAAGCAAAUGGUUUCUCUGAUGUUCUGUAUCUCGACUCCAUUCAUAAUCGAUAUCUCGAAGAGGUCUCUACCGCUAAUGUUUUUGUCGUAAAGGAUAAUACCAUCUCCACUCCUGUUCUAGGAGGAACAAUUCUUCCUGGCAUUACAAGAAAAAGUAUUAUAGAAAUUGCUCACAGCCAAGGUUUCAAGGUUGAGGAACGACUCGUGCCGGUUGAGGAAUUGUUUGAUGCCGACGAAGUCUUUUGUUGCGGGAAUGCUGUCUGCGUAUUGCCUGUUGGCAGCAUUACUCUCAAUGGGAAAAGGGUGGAUUAUGGCGAGAGUGGAUUUGUGGUAUCUCAACAGCUCCACUCAGCACUUGCAAAUAUACAGAUGGGUCUUAUAGAAGAUAAAAUGGGUUGGACUACAUUGUUAAACUAGUUAAACAAACAAAGGUAUUUACUUAUUUUCUAGAAUAUUUAACAUCGUUGAAUUACCAAGGUGCAGUAGGGUACCCAUUCAAAGGUUGGAAAGGUUGUGAGACAUUAAAGAGAUGGUUAAAUCCAGACCUAAUAAUUUCAUCUUUGUUCAUCUACA